AUGCCGUCCCGGUCACCAACACCGGCGCGCCGGCGCUGCCCCCCGACGCGUUGUUCGAGGUCAUGCUGCGCUCCCGGCCAAGGAUCUCUGUCACCUCCACGCCGUCUGCCGGUCACUUCCGACCCUCACUUCGCAGCGGAGCACAUGGCCCGCCACGCGGAGCCCCUCUUCGCCCUCACCUUUAGGGACGGCGACGUCAGGGGCGUCGCCAUCGUGAUCCUGUCGGGGCAGAUUCUCAGGCGGAUACGCAUUGACUCCGAUCGCAUCGAGUUGCUGCUCACCCACCUCGACCGCCUCUGUGUCAUCAGGAUGUGCAAGCCCUCGUUGGCCGCCUGGGUUCUCAACCCGGCCACCGCAGUUGCCCUCACUUUGCCCGGCCCUCAUUCAGAUGAGUUUGUGGGCAUUUGCAUAGAACAGAGAUUUAAUUGGGGUUCUGCUUUGAGGCACAACUGCAAGACGGUUACAUAUGCUUUUGGACAGGUUGCUUCUACUGGCGACUACAACUCUACAAGCAUAGCUCCAUUCGACCUUGAUACAGAGAAGUGGAUGCCAACUCUUCGGGGUCCAGAGCCACUGCGAAGUGCUAAGUUUGGCCUCUACUCUGGGCGGGUACUCUCAUUAGCCAACUUAAAUGGCAGCUUGGUUAUAGUUGACAAUGAUGCUGGUGUCUCUUUCGACCUAUGGUUUCUAGUGGAUCACAAGAGAGGUCUUUGGGUUAAAAAGAGAACGGUGGUUCGUGAAUGCCUACAGUACGAAGUUGCUCCCCUUGCAUCUGGAUCCCAUGGUUAG